AUGGCCAAGGUUGACCAGAAGGUUGCUCUGAUUGUCAUCGACGGUUGGGGUGUCGCUGGCCCCAACUCUCGCGAAGAUGGCGAUGCUAUCGCAGCUGCCGAGACCCCGUUUAUGUCCGGUUUCGCUGAAGCCAACUCGAAGACGGCUCAAGGCUACAGCGAGCUUGACGCUUCAUCGCUCGCCGUCGGAUUGCCCGAGGGCUUGAUGGGUAACAGUGAGGUCGGUCACUUGAACAUCGGUGCUGGUCGUGUCGUCUGGCAGGACAGUGUGCGCAUCGAUCAGACACUUAAGAAGGGAGAGUUGAUCAAGGUGGAAAACAUUGCUGCAUCUUUCAAGCGUGCUAAGGAUGGCAAUGGCCGUCUGCACCUCCUAGGUCUUGUUUCCGAUGGUGGUGUCCACUCCAACAUCACCCACCUUAUCAGUCUGUUGAAGGUCGCCAAGGAGAUUGAGGUUCCUGAGGUCUUUAUCCACUUCUUCGGUGAUGGACGUGAUACCGACCCCAAGAGUGCCGCCAAGUACAUGCAGCAGCUGCUUGAUGCUACCAAGGAAAUCGGCAUUGGUGAAAUUGCCACCAUCGUCGGGCGCUACUAUGCUAUGGACCGUGACAAGCGCUGGGAGCGUGUUGAGGUUGGUGUGAAGGGCAUACUCUCCGGUGAAGGCGAGGAGAGCUCCGAUCCUGUCAAGGCCAUUGAAGACCGCUACGCUCAGGACCAGACGGACGAGUUCCUUAAGCCUAUCAUCGUUGGUGGCAAGGACAGGCGUGUGCAGGAUGACGAUACCCUCUUCUUCUUCAACUACCGCUCCGACCGUGUCCGUGAGAUCACACAGCUCCUCGGCGACUACGACCGCUCGCCUAGGCCCGACCUCGCCUACCCUAAGAACAUCCACAUCACUACCAUGACCCAGUACAAGACCGACUACACCUUCCCGGUCGCCUUCCCCCCUCAGCACAUGGGCAACGUCUUGGCCGAGUGGCUCGGCAAGAAGGAUGUCCAGCAGUGCCACGUCGCUGAGACUGAGAAGUAUGCCCACGUCACAUUUUUCUUCAACGGUGGUAUCGAGAAGCAGUUCCCUGGCGAAGUCCGCGACAUGAUCCCCUCUCCCAAGGUUGCCACCUACGAUCUCGACCCCGAGAUGAGCGCCGAGGAUGUCGGGAAGAAGAUGGAGGAGCGUCUCGCCGAAGGCAAGUUCCAGUUCGUGAUGAACAACUUUGCUCCUCCUGACAUGGUUGGUCACACUGGUGUCUACGAGGCCGCCAUCAAGGGUGUCGCAGCCACCGACAAGGCCAUCGGAAUCAUCUACGAAGCCUGCAAGAAGAACGGCUACACACUCUUCAUCACCGCUGAUCACGGAAACGCUGAAGAGAUGCUCAACGAAAAGGGCACCCCCAAGACAUCCCACACCACGAACAAGGUUCCCUUCAUCAUGGCCAACGCCCCUGAGGGCUGGAGUCUUCGAAAAGAACCUGGUGUCCUCGGAGACGUUGCACCAACCGUCCUUGCUGCCAUGGGCAUCGAGCAACCCGAGGAAAUGACCGGAGAAAACCUGCUGGUCAAGGCAUAA